UCAGUUGGACGAGCUUGAAAUCUCAUUCCACAGUUAUAUUAUAAAGAAGAACAUGACGAUCAAUAAUGUAGUAAAGACAACUGCAAUAAUCGUUACCGGUGCAGUAGUGUCGGAAUUCGUCUGGCAGUUGUACAAAAGGCAUCGCGACGCCGCGAAAAGUGAAACAGCAGUGCACGAGGUUCUUUUCUUUUCCGAAGAAUCAGCCCUUUGUCGACCGCACGUAAAUACUAGAAUUCCUUGCAGAAAGCCAAACUGUGCUGUCGCUGCUUUGCAGCGGAUAAUUGCGCACCUCAAUUCUUCGAAGAAGACGCUCGAUAUCUGUGUCUACCUGAUGACAUGUGAGGAUCUUGCUAGAGCCGUGGUCAAUGCGCAUAAGAGAAACGUAACAAUACGAAUUAUAUUAGAUGCAACAAUGGCAGAAAACAAUGGCGGUCGAAAUCCUAUUUUGAUGUUUCAUAAAGCAGGGAUCAGUCUCAGAUUAAAACGUUCGCCCUACAUGAUGCACCACAAAUUCGCCAUUGUGGACGGAAGCCUGUUAUUAACCGGCAGUCUCAACUGGACUAUGCAGGCUUUAAACGGAAAUUUCGAUAACAUGAUAGUUACCAACGAGAAGAAGAUUGUCGAACCUUUUGUCCGGGAGUUCUCGAAAAUCUGGUUGUCUUUAAACGCCAAUAACGAGAAGAACUGAUUAUUGUUUUAAGGAACGAUUGAGUGACUGAGUGCAGUAAAUACUGUAUACAAGAUUUUAAGUUUUUGUUAUACUUUGACGAUGAUAAAUAUAAUUUUUCUAUACUAA